CACACUGUGCCGCUACCGCUUAACAAACUACUUGUAAGGUUAUUGUUUGAGAUUUAAGGAAAUGCCUCAGAAUUCAUUGGUAAAAAUACGAUAUGGUCCAUAUGAGUCCUGUGGUAUCGUCGAGCACAGGACAUUUCGCCUGGACGGUUUACAAGCGGCUCUAAAAGCGGACGGUCACCAGUGUGUCCUCGAGCAAACCGAUGUCUGGAAUACAGUAAUGCUUAUUGUCAAUGGAGAGUGCGUCUACGUGUGCAACAUUACUGACCUUGAGUUUGGAGGUGAUGGACGACUUGAUCCGAUGUGCCAGCAGGCCACUGACGCAGUGAGAAACGCAUACUGAUCAUCACGACUAACUUAAAAAUCUAGUGCUUCUUACCUAGUCAGAUUUUUAGUGCAUGCGCAUUCCGUGUGAGCUGACUACAGUGCGAUGCUGUGGGUUUGCUUAAUUAAAUAAAUGACAUAGCCAAACAAAUAUCCAUCCUAUGGAGGGACAUAGUUUAUUGGAUUAUACUAAUGUAUAAGCCAGUGUACAUCAAAAUCAAUA